CAUCAACAACCUCAACCUCAACCUCAAUUAUAGAGAGAGAUUUUAUUCAAUUCCAUACAUAAACCUCGGAAAACUGUCCCAACUUUGUCUUCACUACUUUUCCUCCAAAAAAAAAAAAAAAAACUUUGUCUUCACUACUCCCAUGCACUAAACUCAAAACUGCACUUCAUAAUCCACGCAAAAAUCCCAUCUUUUUUCUUGCAGUUUCCAAUCACACAAAAAUGGCUGAUUCAUGGCACCCCAACAAACAAGUCUUCGACAUCUCAAUCAAUGUGCCUCACGGCGGCGCCUCCAAGUGCUACGACGACGACGGCCGCCUCAAACGAACUGGAACCGUUUUAACGGCAAGUUCACACAUCAUAACCGCCGUGAUCGGGUCAGGAGUUUUGUCACUAGCUUGGGCAACUGCUCAAUUGGGAUGGAUUGCUGGUCCGACCAUGCUCUUCUUGUUCUCAUUUGUGACAUAUUACACUUCUACCCUUCUGGCGUCGUGCUACCGCUCCGGCGACCCCGACACCGGCAAGAGGAACUAUACUUACAUGGAUGCUGUUAGGGCCAAUCUAGGUGGGGUGCACGUUAAACUGUGUGGGGCAGUUCAGUACUUGAAUCUUUUUGGGACUGCGAUUGGCUAUACCAUUGCAGCAUCUAUAAGCAUGAUGGCUAUUGAGAGAUCGAAUUGCUUCCACACAAAAGGGCAUCAAGAUUCUUGCAAAGUCUCGAGCAAUCCUUACAUGAUUGCAUUUGGUGUGGUGCAAGUGAUCCUCUCACAAAUCCCAAAUUUUGAUGAGAUUUGGUGGCUCUCAAUCGUUGCUGCAGUCAUGUCUUUCACUUACUCCAUCAUUGGUUUAGGCCUUGGGAUUUCCAAAGUUGCAGAAAAUGGCCAAAUCAGAGGAAGCCUCACAGGAGUAAGCAUUGGUGCAGUGACUGAAAUGGAGAAAAUUUGGAGAAGCUUCCAAGCACUUGGAGCAAUAGCUUUUGCCUAUUCUUACUCACUCAUUCUCAUUGAAAUUCAGGACACAAUCAAGUCCCCACCAUCAGAAUACAAGACAAUGAAGAAGGCCACCUUCAUAAGUGUGGCUGUCACAACCAUCUUCUACAUGCUCUGCGGCUGCUUCGGCUAUGCAGCCUUCGGGGACAUGUCCCCGGGAAACCUCCUAACCGGCUUCGGAUUCUACAACCCUUACUGGCUCCUAGACAUAGCCAAUGCAGCCAUAGUCAUCCACCUCAUUGGUGCAUACCAGGUCUACUGCCAACCCCUCUUCGCCUUCCUUGAGAAAGUCGCACAAGAAUACAUCCCUGAGAGCGCAUUUACCCUCAUAAACAAGGAGAUCUUGGUCCCCAUCCCGGGCCUCAGCAGCCCUUACAAGCUCAACCUCUUCAGGCUUGUGUGGAGGAGUGUGUUUGUGGUCACCACAACCGUGAUCUCCAUGCUCAUGCCCUUCUUCAAUGAUGUCGUGGGGAUUCUUGGGGCCUUCGGCUUCUGGCCUCUCACGGUCUACUUCCCGGUCGAGAUGUAUAUUAGCAGUCACAAGAUCCCCAAAUGGAGCUCAAGGUGGAUCAGUUUGCAGAUAUUGAGUGCUGCUUGUUUGGUCAUAUCUAUUGCUGCAGCUGCUGGCUCAUUUGCUGGAGUUGUUUCUGAUCUCAAGGUUUACAAGCCUUUCAAGACUAGCUAUUGAUGAUCAUGAUUGUUCAUCUCAAUUACUUUGUUUUCAUAAAGGGAAGAACCCAAAGGGUUGUUUUAGCUUCACAAGGGGCGAAAUGGUCCAUACAUAUGUAAUAUUUUUGCAGUGUAAUUUCAUCUAUUAUAGUGUUAUUAUUCAAUGAAAUUCCUCGAAAAUACCUCAUUUUCUACAUGGGGUUUCUUGUUA